AUGACAAGCACAGCCACGGCCACGACAGAAAUCGUUCCUUUCGACCACCAACCUUCGACCGUCUUGCCCGACCUGCAGCAACAACGACAAAAUGACCCACCAACCACAGCAACCUUGGGACGAACAAUUGAGCCUCUCGACAUCGAAUCACCAAGCACUGAGCACAACUAUCCAACGGGCACGAAGUUCUGGUCCAUGAUAGCCGCAAUGUGCGUGGUUCUUAUCCUGGGAGGAUUGGAUGCCAACAUCGUCGCGACAGCCGUACCCAGCAUCACCAACCACUUCCACACCGUCGCCGACGUGGGCUGGUAUUCGUCUGCCUUCCGACUUUGUACCUGUGCAUUUCAAUUCGGGUUCGCGAAGCUGAUCAAUCUUCCCAUCGGUGCUCUAUCACUGGUGGCUAUGUUUUUCCUCUUUUCCGACCCGAGAAGCCGCCAGGAAGAUGACUUGACACUGGUUCAGAAGAUCAAAGAGCUCGACCUUGUCAGCAACUCCUUGUUUAUACCCUCUCUGACAGCUCUCUUCGUCGCCCUCUCUUGGGCGGGAAUGAAGUAUCCUUGGUCGGAUGGGAAGGUCAUUGGACUGCUAAUAGUAUUUGCUGUGCUCCUUGCCGCUUUCGUCUACAAUCAAUACCGUCGCGGAGAAUCAGCAGUACUUCCGUUUCGCAUCACCAAGAACCGAAAUGUAAUUGCAGGCUUCAUUUUCACUUCGUGUACCAACUCGAUGACGAACGUCUUGGAAUGGUACUUGCCAACAUACUAUCAAAUCGUUCGAGACCAGACUCCGAGCGAGAGCGGCUACAUGAUGAUCCCCAUCCUUGUCGGAAUGAUGCUUGGGCUCUUCCUCCAAGGCAUCGGCACCACGACAUUCGGCUACUACGCCCCCUUCAUGAUCUUCGCCUCCAUAUGCAUGCCAAUCGCCGCGGGUUUGAUGACAACAUAUGACCUUCACAUUCCACUCACCAAAAUAAUUAUAUAUUCCGGGUUUGCGGGCUUUAGUGCAGGAAUCGGCUUUCAAGGAUCCCAAGUGGCUGUACAGACAACCUUGAACGCUGCAGAUGUCAACCUUGGGAUCGGGGUUGUAUUGUUCGGGCAGAGUAUGGGUCCGGCGAUCUUUGUCGCUAUUGCGCAGGUUAUAUUCACGAAUCAGUUAUCGUCGAGCUUGGAAGAAAUUGUGCCAGGGUUGACGCCUCGGUAUAUUGAAGAGCACGGGCUUGGUGAUAUAAAGAAUGUGGUCCCUAGGCAGCGGUGGGAUGAAGUUUUGGGUGGUAUCGAUCGGAGCUUGACCCAUACCUGGUAUUUGACCGUCGCGCUGGCUUGUAUGACGAUUGUAGGAAGUCUCAUGGUUGAAUGGCGAUCGGUUAAGCAGAAGCAGUCUUGA